AUGACAACAAGCUGCAUCAACAUGAGCGAUGAUUAUGAGAAGACGAUGACAGCCGAAGUACUCUUGUUAAGCGGUGCAAAUGUUCCGGUGUCCCAGCAUCUAGACGAAACUGCCCUGGAUACGUUUAUCAAAGCCCUUCGUGAUUCGGAACUCAAGCAAUCCCUUCUCUUGUCAGAUAAACGAAAACUCAAGGACGCCGUUGCGCACAGUCUCACUGUUGAAUCGGCAAAGCAAGCAUCAAAAAGUGACGUACGUCUACGCCAAGUACAUGAAGAAUGCUCUUGCCAGAAGAUAACUACUGCCGAAAUUGCGCGACAAGAUGGCGCAAAAGAAGAGAAGAUGAUCCUGUAUCACGAUCGGCCCCUUCUAACGAAGGGGCGGAAAACUAAUAAGAGCCAACUUUGUGGGGCAGAGUCUCUGCAAUGUUUUUAUGUUCUAGCAGACCAAACCACUGAGAGUGUCUUCAAGCAGUUGCGAUCAGCUGACCUGACACGACCUCACGGAGCGUGCGUGCACGUGGAUCGCAUUAAAAUUGUUGGAGCCUUUGUAAAGUGCACUACUGUCCUGCCUCUUCUUGACACAACAUUCAAUUAA